UAAAUGGAGCGACUUACCAUCAGUGUGUUCUGGACUGUUGAAGGAGAUGCAACUUGAGUUUAAAAAUACAACGUAAUACACAACAACUGUGUUCAACACUAAUAUACAGCGUAUUAUACAACAGCUGUUAAACUUAUAUACAACGUAAUAUACAACAGAAAAGUGUUAAAAUGUUCUGUGAAAUACCGGAGUUUGGAAGAUGCUGUAUGUGCAUGCCUUUGCGAAGGGGCAUUCUGUUCUUUGGAUAUAUCAAUGUUCUCUUCGCAGCGUUCAUGAUAGGUGUGUACAGUUUUGCGGUACACAACGACUAUGGCUUCAUUCUGAUCUACCACGGGACAUUGUCUGGUUUGGAAGACGAAAUGUGCCUUAUUCUCUACUUGAUAGACUUCUGUUUCGGUCUGGCACUACUUUAUGGAGCUCACACGAGGCAUAUAUUAUGCUUGAAGUCAUACUACUACUACGCUCUAACAACGCUUCUAGCGAUGUUCAUUCUGCAGAUGGUUGGAAUGUUUAGUACGAGAUAUUUUCUCAUGUGGGUUAUGGAAGCCACUGCCCUUUUUGUUACUGGGUUCCUUCUACACAUAUACCUAGUGCUCCUCGUCAGAAGUCUUCUAAAGAAGUUAGAGAACUCCGGUCACUCCUAUGAGAACCAACUUCAUCAGUUUGUGAAUGGAGAAAUAAAAAUUGACACGAAUAUAGUAAAUGGAGUAUAUCCUAGUACUGUUAUACCUAAUGAGACUGUAUAAAUAUUUAAAUGGUGGAAUAAUAUUCGAUACUAGAUUAUAAAAAUUAGGAUAAAAAAGCGGAGUAGAAUCUAUGAUUUAUUUGAGAGAAUCGAGUUAUGAUAAGGAUUUGUCUUGAAAUUAAAAAUAUUUUUUUCUUUGGAAAUAUUUAUUUAUAGAUGUUUUUAGAACAGGUUGUUGUAAUGUAUAGAUUGGAAUAAAUACUCAACGAGGUGUAGACAGGAUAAGUUAGCAGCAAAAUUUUCGGUGACAAAUUGCUGACAAAACCCACGCUAAUAAAAAAUACUGUUUAUGGUUUGAA